AAAAAUCCAGAGAAAGAGAAAGAAUGAGUCCUAUGUUCCUAAGCAGCAUGUGUGUGUUUCUGUGUGUGUGUGUGUGUGUGUGUGUGUGUGUUUGGGAAACCUGUUGCAGCAAGUCUCUCUCUCCCAUGGCUGUGUGGCUCCUGUAGUUUGGCUCUGAGCCAGAGGGAGAGAUAUCUGUUAACACUUUUUUCACCUGAAACUUCAUCAUUUGGCCCUGUUAGAGAUCGAGUAGAGAGUUAAAGACGAGAGGGAAAAGACGGACAGUUCAAGAACCCUUCCUGAGCAGCUCGAAGGGGGCGUUCAUGUUUGAGGGUGUGCUUCUGAAUGAUAUACUUAUUAUGGGAUAAAGGGUGCGAAAAUCUGAAUGGAACAAGAUCCGAGGAGGGCAUUCACUGGGUAUAAGGCUGUUACCGUAAGUGAACGGAGACAGCGUUUCCAGUAACUCACCUGUGGACACGUGUCUUACUGGUUCGGCGAUCAGGGUUGAUCUUGUUGGGGACAGAUGUCUACAAAUCCAGGAGCUUUCUCACCUGGAGUCAGUAGCAGCCCACCCAAAAGCCUUCAGGCUGCACUGCUUGAAUCACCCAGUGUACAAAUGCCACUGUCACAGUGUCUGAAAUCCAGCAGCGCAGAAGGCUCUAUCACCAGCUCUCAGAGAGAGAGCGUCCUCUACAGGCUGAAGAGUGGAGCUGCAGAGCACUUCAGAAGGCACAGUGUAGAUGGGAGCUUUGUGGACCUGGAGUCUGAAUCAAGCAAGGACAAGCGCUUUCACCCUUACGGGAGGCAAUACAGUGAUGGAGCAGUCACAGGGGCGUCGCUGUACUGCUGCCUCAGGGAGAGUAAACUACCAGAGUCCCUCACUCAGACCAACACUGAUAUUGCAGACCUACAAGAGGAGAAUGGGUGGACUUCACUCGGCACCACUGUACAGGCCUCUAUGUUUAUGGGAGCUGAAGAGAGCACUGAUCGGAUACAGAACAGGCCUGAGGGUCCACCUAGUUAUUCCUCGUCUACCCACAGUAGUACAUACAGCACCCUCAGUCCCCUGCACCAUCAGUUUCCAGGUGAGUAUUCAUCAGGAGGACUAGAACUCAGCUCACGCUAUUCUUACCAAAGCCUUUCUCCACAAACCGGCCGAGAUGGUUCAGUUCAGCCACAAUACCCCAAACCCAUCUACUCCUAUAGCAUUCUUAUAUUCAUGGCUCUGAGGAAUAGCAGGACUGGCAGCCUGCCUGUGAGUGAGAUCUACAGUUUCAUGACAGAGCACUUCCCCUAUUUCAAGACAGCACCUGAUGGCUGGAAGAACUCCAUCCGUCACAAUCUCUCCUUGAACAAGUGCUUUGAGAAAGUUGAGAAUAAGAAAGGGAACUCAUCACGAAAAGGCUGCUUGUGGGCUCUCAACCCUGCUAAAGUGGAGAAGAUGCAAGAAGAGCUGCAGAAGUGGAGAAGGAAGGAUCCUGUUACAGUACGAAGGAGCAUGGCCAGACCAGAGUUACUGGAUCAUCUUCUAGGUGAUAGACCAGAGAAGCCCAGGUCCCUCUCUGCUCACCUUAAUAACCACACACACUCUCAGUUCCCCAGAGUCAGCUUGCCUCCUCCAUACACUCCCACUACUCAUCAAAGACGACCAUACUACAGUUAUUACAGCGUACCAUCACAGGCUGUCUCCCAGCAGCUCCCAUACAUGCCCUCUUGUCCGCCAGGCUUCUCAUUCUACCCCUCAAACCCCCAGCAGCCCAGCACACAGUUGCCACCUAGGACAGGCAGCCUGGACUCCCCCUUACCUGCACACACACCUCCAAGCUACAGUGCUGCUCUACAGGCCAGCCAGAGUGCUGUGGGAAGCAUGCAGGAGCUCCUCAUGGAGGGGGAGCUGAGUAACGACAUAGACAUGCUCAAUCCGAGCCUAACGGACCUGCAACUCCAUGGUUGUCUCUGGGAGGAGCUCAGGAAUGACAGUUUGGAAUCAGAACCACUGCCACUCGUGGACAUGUCCAACACAUCUGCCCAGCUCAGCCCUGACCAUGUCGGGGAUUGUGGGGAUGGAUGUGGCUCGGGUAGCGAGGAGGUGAACAUAGCGGGAUCAGAGGCAGCACUACAGACGAGUAUUUCUGAUCUCUACAUCACUGGACUGUGUUCAAGUGACUUCACCAGCACAGACAGCAUGUCAGGUCUCCAUUCUACCAUGACAAACACUCCGAUUGCCCUGCUUUGAAACAUUGUUUUUUAAACAUCAUAAUCAGUCAGUAUUAGUGAAACUGUAUGCUGAUAAACUAAAAAAAAUAGUGAUUUAAAUUUUUUUGAAACAAAAAAGAAUGUUUAAAGUAUGUCCAUUUAGAAUAUCAGUUACACAUGACAAUGCAUUAACUAAACACUGUGUGAAAUAAAGCUUUUUCAGUGUGUCACAAAAGAGGCUGUUUAAUUUAGCAUAGGGUGGAGCUGACACAAGCAAAAGAUGAAUGAAUUAUACACCUGCAUAAAUGAAGCACUGAUUAUUAAGAUGCAUUAUGAAAAAUAUUACACACCCAUUUUAGGUGCUUGUGAUGCAUUUCUUCUCCUGUCUGACAGCAGAGAUUUCUGCCUAAAUUUCUGAUUUCUCUCUCUCUGUUUGUGCCCUGUAAUGGGUUGUACCCUACCUAAUGCCCCAAGUUCCCUCGGAUAGGCUCCCCACAACCCCAGACAAAAAAGCAGUACAGAUAAUGGCUAGAUGAACAUUUUAUUACCUGGAUUUAGAAUUUAUUCUAGUACAGGUUUAUUGCACUAGGUGGCAGUAUAGAGCUCGUCUAAUAUGCCAGUGCUGCCAAAUCAAGCACUCAAAUAGGCAGUGUGAAUGUUAAUAACAGCACAAUGAUCUCAGAUCAGGGGUAGCUUAGUGGUUACGGCAUUGGACUAUGGUUCAGAAGGUCCCAGGUUCAAAUCCCCUGAUCACCAUGUUGGUCCCUUGAGCAAAGCCCUUUAACCCUCCUCUCCUCAGAUGUAUAAUAAGAUUUUAAAAAAAGUCUGUCUAAA